AUGGCAGAUGACGUCCUGGGCCUGCGGAAGCUGGUGGCGGCCCUGGAGGAGUGGCCCUGGCCCCCGGAACCUCCAAUCCAGGAGGCUGGCCUGCUGCGAGAGCAGAAGCUGGCCGGCGGGGCCCUGCACCUGAAGGAGCUGAGUGCCAAGGUGCAGCAGUUGCAGAAUGAGUUGAUUCGGAAGAAUGACCGGGAAAAGGACUUGUUGAUGCUCGGGCAAGCUCAGCAGCAGCAGCAGGCUGUCCUGAAUAAAUACUGGGAGACACUGGCAAAGAUGAAAGGUUUGGAGGAGACAGUGAGACGGCAAGAGAGGGUGAUUGAGAAGAUGGAGAUGGUUCUGGAGGAAAAAAUCCAGGAGCUGGUCAGAGCUAGAGCACAGCUGGCUCCUGACUCAGGUCCCGUGGGGGAGAUAUCACCCAAGGACUGCUAUUCCUCCCUGUCUGCCGGGCACUCCCAACCCCUGAGGGACCUGGAUGGGCUGUGGCACAGAUCGUCCCCCACAAUCUCCCAGCAGCCCACCUUGCCGGACCUCCUCUCCAAGACCUCAGAGAAGCUCUCUCUCUUGGCCCAACUGGAGAGGGCCCAGAGCCGGAUCCAAGCCCUGGAGAGCCAGCUGGAGGAUUCUGCCCGGCAAUGGGGGAGGGAGAAGCAGGACACAGCCACCCGACUGCUGGAACAAGCCCAUGGCUUCAGCCCCUGAUCCUCAGCUCCACGCGCUCACUGGACGGCGGCUCUGCUCUCCGGCCUCCCAGAAGUAAGGAGCCUAAAGGGCCUCAGCCUUUUGGGCUUCUCCUCCUAAGAAGAGGAGCAGGGUCGUUCAGGGCCCUGGGAUGGAGGGGUGGGGCACUGAACCAGGCAUCAGGAGAACCUGCUUCUGAUCUGGGCCCUGCCACUACCCCUGCUCUGUGUCCUUGGCCCUUUGGGGGCUUGCUUCUGGUUUCCCAUCUGUAAUAUGGGGAUGAAAAUCCUUGCCCUUCCCUGCAUUUCCCUAUCUCUCAGGGGUGCAGUGAGCAAACAAAGAUCAGCUGAUUUUGAAAGCCCUGUUUUUAAGGCAUCGGUGAUAGUAAUCCCUGCCUUAAGUACUUGGGAAAGCCCAGAGGAAGUAGGGUUAUGACACUGGUUAUUGAACCUGUGUGAAUGUCUCUGUCCUCCUCACUGCUCUCGUCACUGGGCAAAACCCAGCACUGCCUGGCUCUUCCCUCUUCCCAGAUUCCCACCAAGCCACUUCCUAGGGGGGAAGUGGUAUCUACUGAGCCCUGGGUGUGGAUGAGUGACUGACUGACUGCCUGACCGGCUGGCUGACACCGACCCCGGCUCACCCCCAUCUGGCCAUGGAAAGAGGACUCCCCCUCCCCAACCCCACCUCGAGCCAGGAGGCACUGGGGGCAAUUGAGAAGCCCUCAAAGGUGGCAGACCAAGAGAUGGAGGAGUUUUGGCAAUAUGUUUCCUCCCUUCCUCCAUUCCUGCCCAAAGUCACCCCUCUGCCUCUCCCCUCCCCCCCACCAACC